GCAGUGUUAACAAAAUGAACAGUUCUUUAAAUAAGCCAACAAUUUGUAUGUGUGCAAUACUCUUUGUCUUAAUUACAUUACCAGCCAUGGUGGUUAGUUAUAAUGGCACGAAAUUCGAUACAGCAGCAGGCCGUCAAAUAUUGCGUUUGUCCAAAUCGGCAGAAAUGCGGCUUUAUAUGAAACCAGAAGUGGAUGCUUGCAAAAAUUUUUAUCAAUAUGCUUGCGGCAAUUGGGCCAAAAUUAAUCCAGCCAUUCGUGAACCCAAAACGGGUACAUUUAAUGUUCUAUCCAAGGCCUACGAUCGUAAAAUAUUAAAAAUUUUAGAUGGAGCUGAAAUGUUCGGAGACACAGAAACUGCUUUAAAAGUAAAGUCUUUUUAUGAGUCUUGUUUGCUGCACAGUAAAUUGAAAGAUAACAAUCUUGAGCAUAUAUUGAGCAUAAUGGAAGAAUUUGGUGGUAUGCCCGCUUUAAAAGGUGAUGACUGGAAGGAGAGUGAAUUUGAUUGGCUGGAAACUAUAGCCCUGAUUUUGCGUAAAUAUGGUCAACAAAUAAUAUUAGGUGUGGAUAUAAAUGCAGAUUUAAACAAUAAUGAAAUAAAUAGCUUGUAUAUUGGGCAAUCGGAUGAAUUAAUAACUGCUAAAUCUAAAGAAUAUUACUUCAGUUUAUAUCUGGUGUGGCAAAUGAAAAUGGUGUCAGUUUUGGGUUUGUCUCAUGAACAAGCCUAUAAUUUAUCACGGGAAGUUAGCGACUUUGCACAGAAUUUAGCUUCGGGUAUGAUAGAUCCCAUGGAGGGUUUAGAUAUAGAAAAUAAAACCCGUUUAAUGUCGCUGGAGGAAAUGACGGAGAAUUAUGGUCCUGCCAUUAAUUUCACACAAUUUGUUAAAACCUGGUUGGGUUAUGACUAUCAGCUGCCUGUCUAUGAGUAUGUGGAAAACUAUAUACGAAAUUUACACAGUCUGGUGUUGAAAACACCACGCAAGGUCUUGGCCAACUAUAUAAUGUGGGAGUUGAUACAAGAUUUUAUAUUAGAGGCUCAACAGACUAGGGACAAACAAAAGGAAAAAUGUGUUGAAAUUACCAAGAAACACUUUAUUAAAUAUUUCGAUCAUCUCAUCUAUAAACAACUGCUUACUCAACAGCCAGAUAUUACUGAAGAGGUGGAGACUAUGUGGCAGCAAUUGAAAUUAUCCUUUGAGGACAUAUUACAGUCUUCCUGGAUGCUUGAAACUACUAAACUCAAAGCUUUGGAGAAACUGUCAGCCAUCACAUAUGAAAUAAAUGGUUAUGUUAGUGAGGACUUUCAAAAGGACUAUAGUUCUUUGAACAUUUCUUCAGAUGAGUUUUUUAAAAAUCUCCAAAAUGUUUUACUGCUGAGAGGACAUAAUUUCAGAAUGAAAUUGCAAGAGCCUCCCAAAUUAGAGGAUCACAAAAAGCUUAGUUUUACACCAACCUAUGCGCCGGAAUAUAAUCGAGUGACAUUACCGGUGGCCUUUUUACAGCCACGUUAUCUGUGGGAUGAUGUCUAUCCCAAGGCUUUGAAAUACGGCACCAUGGGCUACAUUAUGGCCCAUGAAAUCGUUCAUGGCUUUGAUGACACCUUACGUAAAUACGAUGCCAAGGGAAAUCUUAAUAAUUGGUGGGAUCCUAAUGCCAGUGCAGUGUUCGAUACACGCAAAGAGUGUCUACGACAACAAUAUGGCCAGUACAGAUUUGGUGGCAUACUACUGCCAAAAUCGCAGGCUCAGGCAGAAAAUAUUGCCGACAAUGUUGGCAUACGUAUUGCCUAUGACGCCUACGAGAUGUGGCUAAGCAAACACCAUCACACGCCAGAACAUCUGCCACACAUGGACUCAAUUAAUGCUCGCCAAUUAUUUUUCAUUAGCUCGGCCCAAGUAUGGUGCUCCGACCUCAAUAGCUAUUUUCAUAAUAUUGUUAUCAACACCGAUGUUCAUGCACCCGAAGAGGUUCGUGUACGUGCCAUGUUUGCCAAUUUCGAUGCAUUCGCCGAGGCAUUUGAAUGUCAGCUGGGCUCACAGAUGAAUCCGCAUAAGAAAUGUAUUAUUUAUUGAUCAAAUAAAUCAUAUAUUUACAAAUUUAUUUAUUGUAUUUGCGGUAUUUGUUAACUUUUAUUUUACAUAUCCAUAAAUACUUGAAUUUUUUAACCUUCAUCUACAUACAUACAUAUGUAAAUAUAGGGAUUUUUUUUGGAUGAAUAAUAUACAUGGGUAUUAUUUAGGUUUGUCUUGUAACAACGUCAAUUUGUUUACAAAAUAUUUUUGCACAUGUACAUAUUGAUUUUAUUUAAUCAAAUUAUUUAUGUAAAUCACUAAACAAAUAUUGUUCAGCUUCUUUGUAAACUUAAGCAAAUAAAAUACAUAUUUCCACAAAA